UCAAGGCUUAGCUCAAUGAAAUGCACAUAAGUUUAUGUCAAGACUACUUGCAGUGAUUUUUAGCAACCUGUCCUAAAACAGGUUGAAUUUGUUUGAAAUCUGUUAUUUGACAUUCAGUCAAGUCAGUAUUUUAACCAAGAAGACCUGUCGCCGCCUUCAUUAAGAGAAAAAACAGGCACCGUCACCAGGUUUUGAAAACAUUAAAAAAGAAUGGAUAUUCUUAUCAAAUUAUCAGUUAUAGCCUUACUAUGUGGAACAAGAGGACUUUGCCAGUAUGAGGGCUAUGACUAUGAUACAAGCUAUGGUUCAGAACCUAAUGACCCAUAUCAUCCACCAUUUCAGUUUCCACAAAGUCUAGACUAUAGUGACCAAGCAAUAAUUUACACAAAUGACUGUGCUAGAGAAUGCUUCUGUCCACCUGGCCUAAUUAUGUACUGUGACAAUCGAAAGCUCAAGAGUAUUCCCCAAAUUCCUUCCCGUAUACAACAGCUUUACCUCCAGUUCAAUGACAUCGAAGCUGUGACCAUGAAGUCUUUCAUAAAUGCUACGUCUUUGAAGGCAAUUAAUCUCAGCCAUAACAAACUUAAAUCAAACAAAGUUGAAGGUGGUGCGUUUGCAAAGCUUCGAAAACUUGAGCAAAUCUUUAUGCAUCACAAUGAUUUAGUGGAGAUUCCGUCUGAUCUUCCCAGUUCUGUAGAGAGACUGUCCUUUGCUUUCAACAAGAUUGUCAGAAUAAAUGAUCGAGAUCUGCAGGGACUAGUAAAGUUAACCAUGCUGGAUCUGUGCAAUAACCACAUUGAUAAUGUUAAAUCAAAGACUUUGAACAAACUUGCAAGACUUAUGCAACUAAACAUGUGCAACAAUAAAUUACAUUCCAUGCCCGCAAGUCUACCACUAUCUCUCAUGUAUUUAUCAAUUGAGAACAAUUCAAUCUCCGACAUCCCUGAAGAUUAUUUUACAAAGCUUCCAAAUCUACUAGCAAUUCGUAUGUCGCACAACAACCUGGAGGACAUCCCUACAAAAGUGUUUAACCUUCCUAAUCUUGUGGAAUUAAACCUGGGUCAUAACAAGCUACAACAAGCUUUCUUCAUCCCAAGAUCACUUCAGCACUUGUACAUUCAGGACAACGAGUUGGAAAGUUUAAAUAUGACAAUAAUGUGUCCAAAAAUUGAUCACUUCAACACAAAUCGCCUAACAUACAUCCGCGUGGAUCAAAACAAGUUAAAGGCUCCACUGAGCACUUUUGCUUACCUUUGUUUCCCUAACAUGCAACGCAUUUAUUAUGGUGAACAGAAACACGCUGAAGGUGAAACUCCAAAGGUACAGGAGCCUAUGCUUACUCAUCCCCUAGUGUCAGAAGAAGAUGACAGAGAAGGCAUUCCUGAAUAUCGCCAUCAAGAAUAUGGAGUAGAUUAUAACGUAAAUGAUUAUUCAUACUAAUUAUCUAGAUAAUAAACGCUCCAGUAAAACUGUCUAAAUAACAUUUGAGCAAGUUAAUUAGGGAAGGAUUAAGGAGGUUAUUUAUCAAAUUCCGAAUUUAUCUCAUUAUUUUCUAAAAUAUACUCCACCAAAUCCG